AGUAGGAGUUUGAAGCCGGCUUCAUAUUCCUUUUUCUAGUGAAAGGAGGCCUGAGUCGAUAUUUCGUCCGCCUUCCACCGCAGUAAACUAUGGCCCCGGCGACCCUUGCACGGCGGUUCAUCUUCCGCACCAUUGCUUCUUCAUUUCUCCGCAAAGGCAAACUGUCCCCCUCUCUCUCCCAUUCCCAGCCUGCAAUUCCUACUCCAUGGUCUUCUCGCCAUCGAUUGGCUUCGCAACCACUCCGCGGAAUUAGGUUUUGCUCGACCGCCGCCGGCGACCCGCAACCCCCUCGGAGGCGCAACACCUUGGUCAAUUUCUCGUUGUCCGAUUCGGAAGGGGAGGAUUCGGACCAGGAGGAGCUGGAUAUAUCUCCGGCGAAGGCGAUCGAUAAAUCCAAGCUUCCUCCUCCGUACGACCCGUUUAACAAGAAGCCGGUAAUAGAGGAGCCCAAAGACCCGAAGAACCUACCGGAGGUGUUCCACAACAUGCGCUCCGACGGCUUCUUCAACAAUGCAGUCAAGAUGUUCGACGGAUUGUCCAAGGACGGUUUGACACACGAGGCACUGGAGCUCUUCUCCCAGAUCAAAGACAAGUCCGUGAUGCCGGAAAUCGUGGCCCACACAGCCUUGAUCGAGGCGUACAGUGACGCAGGGCAGCCCAGAGAAGCACACAAAGCCUACCAGCGAAUGCUGGUUUCCGGCGUGCUUCCCAACGCGUACACGUACAGUGUGCUGAUCAAGUCUCUUGCGGCGAGUGGCGACCGGAAGCUGGUGAAGGAGGCGAAGAAGUACGUAAUGGAGAUGGUGGAGAAGAGGGGAAUGAAGCCGAAUGCCACCACGUGUGUCCGGAGCUUCGAAGGGUUGGUGGAGGCGGGCAUGGAGGAGGAGGGGAAGGAGUUGCUGGAAAUGCUGAAGAAGAAAGGAGCUGUUCCUGAAGAGGAUGGAGUGAGGGAGGUUUUGAAGAACAAGAGAGGGCCUGCUUACAGGACAUUGAUCAGCAUCCUCUAUGGAAAAUGAGUUGCAGAGACAACAUCAGUGGCGGUGGAGGCGAGUGGGUGAUGUUGUUCCCGCAUGGCGGAGGCUCUCUAUGUCGUGGGGCCGAGGCUGGGGACUUUGGAGAUCUGCAGCCGCCUCGCCAUGUUAGGUGAACGAGAGAGAAAAUGAAAUUCUUUUAGGUAGUGUUUGCCAACUAGCAUUUCAUUUCAAUUCAUGUAUUUCAAUUCCAAAAUUUGAAAUCCUGAAUUUCAAAUGACAAGGGGAGAUGCAUGGAUUUCAAAUUAAGCUUGGUUUGAAUGUAAAGAAUUUGAUUCAAAUCCAAAUUCAAAAUGCUUAAGUUUCCCAAACAUGGAAUUUAAGCCAAAUCCGGAUUUGAAAUCCAAAUCCAUGUUUCCAAACAUACCAUUAAGAAAUUGAGAAAAUUGAA